AUGUCUUGGCUGUUGGGUGGGAGCGGCGGGCAGGAUUUACCGACGGCUACCCCGAAUCUGCCAGAUGUACAGGCUCAAAUGGGUGGGCAGAUUCAAGGGGAUAGAUCCACUAAAGAUGUAAAAAAUAGCGUGGAUAACUUUAAUCCUUCGGCACUCGAGCGGGCGGCGGCAGCUGUGGCAGUUUUGGAUAAAUCAAGUGAGUUGCAACUUGAAAUUGAAGCAGAGCAGGUGAAACUGCGAAAAACAGCUGUGAUAGAAGCUGAAAAACGCAAAACGAUAGAAUUAGAUUCAGCUUUAAAGAAAGAACGUGCCGAUUACCAAGACAGGCUUGCCAGGAAACGUCAGGAAGACCAAAUGGCCUUUCAGGUCUGCACAAUUGCUUAUGAGGCGGAUUUGCGCUUAAAAAAUGAGACUAUGCUAUUAGAGGCCAGGCUGAGGGGAGAAGCUGAAAUGGAACGUGUAAAUAGAGACAUACGCCUUGAAAAAGCCAGAGUUGAAGCUGGAGAGUUCCGAGAGACUGUUCUCAAAUCAAUUACUACUGCUGGC